AUGGAAUAAAUAUAUUAAGGAAAUUGCCAUUGUUAAAAGGAUCAAUUUGAAUUUUUAGGACCUGUUGAAAUGGAAAUAAUCAGAUGCCAUUGUUCAAUCUGCAAAAUGAAACAAAAUCAUCAGGUAACUGAUAAGUAUGGAAGAGCUUAGUCUCUUUACAUUCAUUAUAAAAAAAAUAUAUUCGAUUAUUUGUUUCUUCUUAGGCAAACAAUUACUUUUGCAAAAUUUUUGGAAAGCAAUCCUUUUUUAUCCAAGAUAUAAUCCUUACAUUAUAGCUAUUACUAUAUAUUGUGUUCAAAUACCAUCUUAUGUUAAAUUAGCAUAUGUGAUUUAAGGAAUUGA